AUGUCUAAAAUGCCCCAGCUGGUGGACGGCUCCCCAGCUCCCAACGCCUCACCAGCCCCUACCAACCAGGGUACCUCCACCCCCGACACCAGCUCAACAGUCGUUGCCAACGCCCCAUCGCCACCCGCCGUCUCCCCCCCGCCCGCCGUGACCAGCGGAGACGUGGAGCCCAGUGCCGGCAGCGGUCCCGGAGAGGAGCCCGCGCCCCUCGACGAUCAGCCCCGGGUCGACGCCCAGCCGCCCCUCAACGGAGCCGCCGCCGCCGCUACCACCACCACCACCCCCACAGCCCCCUCCAAGAGACCGCACUCGCCCACACAGGAGGACCUGGCCAAGAGGCCCAAAGACCCGGAGCAGCCGGAGCUCAACGACGACUCUGCCUUCAAGGAGCCCUACCCGCCAUCGUUCGACCCACUGGCGCAGGGAGACUCAGCAGUAAACGCAGAGUCCAAAGCCAAGCCCAUUCCAACCAUAGACACUUCAAGAACUCAGAGACUUCCCAGCAUGGAGCUGCCCGACGCUUCCUCCCCACUGCCCGCCAGCCAGAGUUGUCGCGUGGUGAAGAACUCGAUCAAACUGGCCCUCAACCGACACAACAUUUCUCCUCCCAAACCCCCAGUAUUCGAGGGCUCCCUGACCACGGACCUCCCUGCUGCCAGUGAAGAGAAGGGCAUGUCCAUUCCUGUCAUUGGCUCAAAGCACAUGCCAGUGAAGCACGUAGCCCCAGCAGCCCCAGCAGCAGCAGUGGCGGCGGUGGGGAACUCCAUCCCCACGCUGGUGAGCAGAGGCCCGGACCCCAUGAACGGCGCUCCGUCCAAGAGGCCCCACUCGCCCACCCUGGAGGAGCAGGCCAAGAGGCUGAAGGAGACGGAGAAGGCCCGCAUCCACAUAGCCUGAGCACUCGUAGACACCCAUACAUACCCCAACAGGAACCUCUAUAUAUGUUCAUAUGUAUAUCGAGGUAUAUAUGGACCUAAUGAUCACCCAGGAUAUAUGUAAGUAGGGCUCUGCACAACAAGGCCCAGACAACCACAGAUGAUCCUUUUUUUGAAAGCGAGAAGGUUGGAGCGGGCUAUGCUCACGUAACCAUCCCCCCCUUCCCCACUCUCUUUCUUCUAUGGGGGCUGUCGGCAGGUCGUUUUCUGUCCAAAUCGUCUUGUCCUUCCUUUUGUAACUCUUGCAUCCAGACCCGCGUUCACUCCAGACCGUGGCGAUGCUGGCACAUGAAGCUAGACUGGAGUGUAGAAGCGUUUCCUUUACCUUUUUUCUUUUAACCAUUCAGUCCUCUACAGUGGCCAUGACCUGCGGCAGCCCUCUCCCCUCCGCCUUCCCUCUCUCCCUUCCCUCUCCCCUUCCCUCUCCUUCAUACAGAACAAUGUACAAUACAUGUCUAUGUACAUAACUUUUCUUAAAAAAAAAAAACAUGUCUUAAAAAAAAAUGCAAAAAUGACAGAUCACUGUUGAGUCUUUUGAACAUUAUAUUGUAGUUUUUAAUUACCUAAAAAAAGAAACUGAAAAAAAUCGUAUGAAUUUGCUUAUUUUUUAAGUUUUCUUUUUUCUUUUCUCUCGUUUGUCUAGCGGAGAAAAAAAGAAACAAAGCUAAAUGUCCCUUGCCCUGAAUCUAUAUAUACAUAUAUAUACAUACUUAUAUUUUUUCUAAUGGCUGUAUAGUUUACAGUUGCAGGGAGGAAUUAAACCGGCAAGACGUGGAUUGAAAGGAACAUGGCCGACUUCACAACUGAUAGGCGCCACCAACAAAACAGUGCAACCAAAAAACACACGCGCACCGCACACACUUCGGCAAGUAUCUUUGGUGCUUUCUCCGCCCCCCCCUUUUUUUUUUUUUUUUAAGGAUUCACACCAAGAAUAUAAUUACUUUUAUCCGCGGUUUGCCACAACAACUCAUCUGGCCAGAGGUCGACUUAAGGGAUCCCUCAUGACACCUACUGGAGGCCCUUCUAAACAGACCGUUUUCUUUUUUAAAGAAGGAUUUUAAAACCAUGUAUUUAUAUUUUCAACGUAUAUGCUUGCUGUUCCACUCACCCAAGUCCCAUGCCAGCGCCACCCUGACGUUGGUGGAGAGGGGCUCAAAGGGCUGUCUUUCAAUCUUUUUUCCCCCCCCAGAUUUCUUUGUGUGGAAGCCCAUUUUUUUUGGUUGUAUUAUUAUUUUUUUUCAACACGUUUAUACACAUUAUAAAUAACGAAAUACUGCUUCCUGAAGCGCUCCUGCGUUGGGUUUGGUGACGCCGAGCCGUCCUCGGAGGGGGUGCUCGAGGAAACGGCGGUCUUUUUAGAAUUCUGCCGUCGGUGCUUGUGGCUGCAGGACCCCGUCCUGGUUGUGAGCUUGACCUGGUCUCUGGUGAGUUUUGCGGAAACGGGUUGGAGAUCGUUGUGUUUUGUUUUUUCUAUUUAGUUUUUGUGAAUGACACGCAUGUGUGUUUGUUGUGCGAGCGUGGAGAGAGCGCAGAGGCACACGUGUGAAUAUGUGGGUGUGUUCAUUUUUUUUUUUUUUGACUGUCAAGUGUGAGUAAUUCCCCUGGGUGUGGGGGUUUGACCCUCUGUGCCUCCCAUGGAGGCUGCUCCUUAAAAAAAAUCAUCUCGUAGGGUGACGGUCGUGGCUCCUGAAGCUGGGGUCCCACUCUUUUUCUAGUGGCUAGUGAAACCCAAGCAUCCUCCAUUGGGUGUUGGUAGCUGGCGAAAGCAGAACCACACGACUCUGGAGACACCAGUGGCGGUACCACCGUCAGGUGGCCCCCUGAUUGAGUGGAGCGGGGCCCCCAGCGACCGACUCCCCAAUGUACAGAUAGCAUGUUUCCUUUUUGUUACCCUUUUUAGUUUUACUUAAUUUUCUUUUUUUUUCUCCAAAUGGCUUAUUCAUAAUUUUUGGGGUGGGGGGCUGUUUCUUAUCACUUUAUUUAUAUUUGCAUAUUUGUACCAUAUGAUCUUAUUUUUAUAGCAUUCACAACAUCUAGGUCUCUUUUUUGAGAAGAAAACUCAUCAUCUUUUUUUUUCAGGCUUAGCUUUUGCUGUUUUGGAAACAUUUAAAGUGUCAUUUAGAUGUUUGUUUCUAAAUUGUAUUGAGAUGGUAUUUUUGUAUGUGUAUCACUUCCUUUAAACGAAUCCACACACCCAUUAAAUCCUUGAAACCUACAAUGGUCUUUUGUCUCUUUAUUAUGCAUCCACCGUAUGCAUUGGGUUGUUAACUCAUUACGACUCAACAAAUGUUCUAAUUUACAUUAUUUAAUUCUAAGAAUAGACUUGCUAAACUUAUUUGUAUUGUGAGAAAUCUCUUCUUUCAAAAUGGACUUUUUUCAAAAUGCACAAAUUUAUGGUCUUACUUGUAGAUUUUGUACCAAUACUUCUAGAUUAGAGUACUAUUCAUCAAAGUAAUAGUACUAUUAUACGAAUUGACAGUCUUUCAAGUCUGGCUAUCUUACAGCGAUGUGUGGUAUUUUGGGACGGGGGAGGUAAUUGCCCCAAAGUCAAACGAUCGUAAGGCUAAGACCUUUUCAUACCUCUUCUAAGUAUGACUUUUUUACGUUCUUUUGGUUACAUUGGUGUUGUGACGUCACAUCGGUGAUGCAGCCACUUGCUCUUUGCGGCG